AUGUCUACUCUACGUCUUAUUUCAACAUUACGUUCACCGUUAUUAGUAAAUAAAUGUUGUCGAAUAUUAUUUCCAUUUUCUCAAAUGUCAUUUCGAUCUGUACUACCGAUCAAUGUAUAUUCUAAUGUUGAAGAUAGAAUACAACAGAUUCGUUUAUUUUCUUGUUCGACUAUUGUUUAUAAUCGACGUCGAGAUAAAAUAGAUUCAAAUGUUACAGAAGAAUUUGAUAAUGAAGAAGAAAAUGAAAAUGAAAAUGAACAGAAUAAUGAAACAGAUCAAGAUGAACAAGAAAAAAUAAGAAAUCGUAUUCAACAAUAUAAACUUCCAAAAGGUUAUCGAGUAAUCAUUCGACAUCUUGCUUCACUUCGUCUCGAUCUUAUCUGUUCAGCAGGUACUGGUAUAGGACGAAGUGCAAUUGAAGAUGAAUUCUAUGGUUCGAAAUUGCGUGUUAAUGGUGAAAAAUCCACAAAAAAAGCACAACAAGUUAAAGAAGGUGAUAUUAUCGAUUUAGUUGUAUCACGUACAGAAGGUGCAAAGUACAAUUCGAAAAGAAUCAUUGUUUAUAAAGUCUUUGAUGAAAAAUCACUUAAAAAUAAAGUGAAAGUAUGUUUAAUUGCAUGGCGUCAAGGAAUAGAAGUUGAUGGAUCACAAUGGAGUUAG